AUGUUUUACUCCAGAUGGGGUACAGCUGUAUCUCCUCUUCUCACUCUGGCGGAGCAGUGGAGUCCACUGGAGGUCAGCACCUGGGGCGUCAUCCCUGGAGCACAGUCCUUCUCUGCUGUGAUGCCCUGGGAAGUGAAGGAGAUGGGGCUGACAGCUGCGGUAAAAAGUAUCUUAAUGGGCUUUCCAUCACCAGUGGAGGGCGCUGCACGGUCCAGAGUACAGGGCGCAGACAGCUGUGGCACUGCCCCUUUAGCCCAACCUGGUGGUGGACAGGUGGAGUUGUGUUGGUGUGUGACUGACAGAUUGGAGGAUGGGUAA